CACAGCGCUUAUCUUAUUUCUUUGUCCUCAUUUUUUGAACACCACAAUUCAGCUAUUAUGUCUAGCCAACUUCGAGUGCUUAGUGCCCUUGAUGUUGCCAAGACACAGUGGUAUCACUUCAAAGCCAUCGUAAUUGCUGGCAUGGGCUUCUUCACUGACGCUUAUGAUCUCUUCAGCUUACCUAAUGUCACCAAGUUGCUCGGACGAAUCUACUACACCCACGACGGUGCUCUGAAGCCCGGAACCCUCCCUCCCGCCGUGAAUUCCGCCGUCAACGGAGUCGCCUUGUGUGGGACCUUACUAGGUCAGCUUUUCUUCGGUUGGUUGGGUGACAAAAUGGGAAGAAAAAAGGUUUACGGUAUAACCCUUGUUCUCAUGGUGGUCUCCUCUCUCGCCUCCGGUCUCUCUUUCGGUAAAUCCUCAGAAGGCGUCAUCGCCACUCUCUGUUUCUUCCGAUUCUGGCUCGGAUUCGGCAUCGGCGGCGACUACCCUCUCUCCGCCACAAUCAUGUCGGAAUACGCCAACAAGAGAACUCGUGGCGCUUUUAUAGCGGCGGUUUUCGCCAUGCAAGGCUUCGGGAUUUUGUUCGGCGGCGUCGUUUCCCUAAUUGUCUCAGCCGCGUUCGAUCACGCCUAUAAAGCUCCUCCUUAUAAGGUCAACGCCGCCGAGUCUCUGGCUCCUGAAGCUGACUAUGUAUGGCGUAUCAUUCUGAUGUUUGGGGCUGUUCCGGCGGCUCUGACAUACUACUGGCGUAUGAAGAUGCCGGAGACGGCUCGUUACACGGCGCUUGUGGCGAAGAAUGCGAAGCAAGCCGCGGAAGACAUGACUAAAGUAUUGCAAGUUGAUAUUGAAGUUGAAGAAGAAAAGGUAAUUGUAUUGACUGAGAGAGAAGAAAACAAAUAUGGCUUAUUCAGUUUGAAGUUUGCUCAAAGGCAUGGACUUCAUUUGCUUGGGACCACAACCACUUGGUUUCUAUUAGAUAUUGCGUAUUAUAGUUCUAAUAUUUCUCAGAAGGAUAUUUACACUGCUGUUGCGUGGCUUCCUCCAGCUGAAGAAAUGAACGCUAUUCAUGAGGUAUACAGGGUUGCGAGGGCACAAACACUUAUAACACUAUGUGGUACAGUACCAGGUUAUUGGUUCACGGUGGCAUUCAUUGACUAUCUUGGUCGCUUCUUCAUCCAACUCAUGGGCUUCUUCUUCAUGACCGUCUUCAUGUUUGCUAUUGCAAUCCCAUACGAUCACUGGACCAAGACACAUAACCGAACCGGGUUUCUUGUAAUGUACUCUCUCACCUUCUUCUUCGCCAAUUUCGGUCCGAAUUCCACCACUUUCAUCAUUCCUGCCGAGAUUUUCCCGGCGAGGUUGAGGUCGACUUGCCACGGGAUAUCUGCGGCGGCCGGAAAAGCCGGAGCCACCGUCGGCGCGAUCGGGUUUUUGUUCGCCGCACAGAGCAAGGAUCCUAACAAGACAGAGGCAGGGUAUCCAAGUGGCAUUGGGGUGAAGAAUUCGCUGAUCAUGCUUGGUGUGAUUAACUUUGUUGGGAUGCUAUUUACGUUCCUCUUGCCGGAAUCGAAAGGGAAAUCAUUGGAGGAGUUAAGUGGAGAGAUCGAAGCCCAAGACCAAGGAAGGCGAUGACGAGGCUAUAGGGUUGAGAUAUUUUGGUGUUCUCAGGCCAUGACGAGGCUAUAGGAUUGGGUUUUUUUUUUUUUUUUGGCCGAAGGAUAUUUUGUUUGAUCUGUAAAUCAUAUUAUCGGCCUAUAUACGUAUUUAGGAUUAAAAAAAAGUAAUUUUUUAGAUAGUUUAUAAAUUUUAGUAAAAAAAUAAAAUUUAUUUUAUGUUUAAUUAUAAUAA